AUGUUUAUACCGUCUAGACAGCAAGACUGGCACGAUUUUACACUGAUAUUGCCGACUGUUUCUGUUGGAAAUGUAGGGCAACUGGCAGCUGACCUCAUCAUUUCGACACUACAUUUGGAGCGGGUUGGAUACGUGUUGCAUCCUAGUUUGCUUCCCGUAAUAGGCAGUAACCCAUAUGCUGAUGAUGAUGAUUCUGCUUCAUAUAAGUUAACUACCAGUUGUGAAGUCUUUGAGAGUGUGGUGUCCAAGAUUGUGGUUAUACAGCAGAGGGCGCCAGUCAUUAAGAAAAUAUACGCAGACUGGUUAUCAGACUGGAUAAAAAGCCAACAUUUUCGCCAAGUGGUUGUACUGACCAGUUCAUUUGCACAGGAUAGACUUGACCAUCAGAUUUCAGGGUCACCAUUCCGUAUACUCCUCUCCCCCGUACUGGAGGAACAAGAAGGAGAGUUCUUCAAAACAAAACUGGAGUGGGUCAAGUUGGAGCCGAGACAGCCCAACCCUGCCUUCACUCAGAUCCAAAGCCCAGCGGACAGCUUGCCAGGGAAUGGUUACCUACAUAUGCCUGGUUCAGGCAUUGCCAAGUUGGUCUUUGACAAUUGCCAAGAGUUACCCGUCCUUGUGUUGCUGAUGUUCGUCUCUGAAGGAGACAAUGCCCUUGAUGCAGUCGCUGUUGCGGAUCAGAUAAACAAGUGGUUGAGUCUACUCCCUAAUCAGGAUCCCUGUGAUACAGAAGAGCCCCAAGGACAUUUAAAGCGAAGGCCAGUCACCUGGAAGAUCCCUCGAUCCUGGAGACUUGUUUUUGGCAGCACAUAUGAACCCAAACUUUUCCAUUGA